AUGGCCACAGCAGCGCCCAACCAGCUCCAGUUUGGGGAAAGCCCUCAGUACCCAGCUUACCUGCCCAGCUUUUCUGGCAGGACUUACCUGGCUCCUGCAAGUCCCGGGUGCGCCCCCUGCGAGCCGCCCCCCUCGGGCUCUAGCCCAGACCUUCGACCCUCGGCGGCCUCAGCCUACGAGAGGUACCCCGGGUCUGGGCCGGAGCAAGGGCCAGCUUCACUGCUUCCAGUCAGCCUGGCGCCUCCAGUGCCGCAACUCAAAGGCCAGCCAGCCCCGUCCGGCUCCGGGUCGGGGUCGCAGCGCAGGAAGAGAACAUCUUUCAGCCCCGAGCAGCUGCAGCUGCUGGAACUGGUGUUUCGCCGGACCAUGUACCCGGACAUCACCUUACGGGAACGUCUGGCCACCCUCACCAGGCUCCCUGAGUCCAGGAUCCAGGUGAUGAUGCGCCCGGAUCUCUUUGAAGUCUGGUUCCAGAACAGACGCGCCAAAUCCCGUCGGCAGAGAGGAAAGUCCUAUAAUACCUCAGCAGGACCAGACCUUUUCCUCAAUCAUUCUCCUCUUGGAACUGAUGGGGAACAUUUGGUUCCCCUGCUGCCUCUUGAGGUAGAUGUGAACUGCUUGCCUGAUCCAAGCAGGGGUGGAGUUGGGCUCUCUGGCCCCCAUAACCAAGGACAGAGUUUUGGAACCUUUUUACCUAUAUCUGAAGACACUGGUUCAAAGCUAGACUUGUGGGAGGAGCAUGUCUUAUCUACAUUCAGCAAUUCUUGA